AUGGCGGCUCCAGAUAUACCUAAGAAGCAGAAGGCUGCCAUCUACGACAACCCAGGCUCUGUCUCUACUAAGAUCGUCGAAUUGGAUGUCCCUGAGCCUAGUGAUAAUGAAGUCUUGAUCAACCUCACUCACUCUGGCGUGUGCCACUCGGAUUUGGGUGUUAUGACCAACACAUGGAAGAUCCUACCGUUCCCUACUCAACCCGGACAGGUCGGUGGCCACGAAGGUGUUGGAAAAGUGGUCAAGCUCGGUCCCCGCGCCGACGCAGCAGGACUGAAAGUGGGCGACAGAGUCGGAGUAAAGUGGAUUUCCAGCGCCUGCGGUCACUGCGCCCCCUGUCAGGAUGGCGCCGACGGCCUUUGCUUCAAUCAAAAGGUUUCCGGAUACUACACCCCAGGCACAUUCCAGCAAUACGUCCUAGGACCAGCCCAAUACGUUACCCCAAUCCCCGACGACCUCUCCUCAGAGGAAGCCGCACCCCUCCUCUGCGCCGGUGUAACCGUCUACGCCGCCCUCAAGCGCAGCAAGGCGCAGCCGGGGCAAUGGGUCGUGAUCUCCGGUGCGGGCGGCGGUCUAGGCCACCUGGCGGUCCAAAUCGCAAGCAAGGGCAUGGGCCUGCGCGUUAUCGGCGUCGACCACGGCAGCAAGGAAGAGCUGGUUAAGUCCUCAGGCGCCGAGCACUUUGUCGACAUCACCAAGUUCCCCAAGGACGACAAAUUCGAGGCUAUCUCCGAACACGUCAAGUCCCUUACGACCAAGGGUCUGGGCGCUCACGCCGUCGUCGUCUGCACGGCUUCCAACAUCGCAUACGCCCAGAGUCUGCUCUUCCUCCGGUACAACGGGACGAUGGUUUGCGUUGGUGUGCCCGAGAACGAACUUCAGGCUGUGGCCACGGCUUAUCCUGGCGUGUUUGUUGGGAAGCAUCUCAAUAUCACAGGUUCGGCGGUGGGUAACCGGGCGGAAGCGAUUCAGACGAUGGAGUUUGCGUCGCGCGGUGUGAUCAAGACACAUUUCCGCACGGAGAAGAUGGAGGCCCUGACGGAUGUUUUCAAGGAGAUGCAUGAGGGGAAGUUGCAGGGUCGUGUGGUUCUUGAUCUUUCGUAG